ACAAUGAAACACGUGGGACGUGUGACGUCACGCCCUUACACAGCCAAUGGGCAAAGCCACUUUCAGGGGGCGGGACGCCACGCCUGGCGAACGUAAGCGUUUGUUAUUCAGAAGAAGCCGAUUCUGGAAGCCAUUACGUUGCGCACCUCAGUUGAGUAAAUCCCACUUUUUUUUGCGUACAAUACGCACAAUCACUUGUCUUUAGGAGCAUUUUCUUUAGUUAUGGCAUCGGCUGCCAAAAAAAGAAAAAUGAAUUUCUCGGAGAGAGAGGUGGAAAUUAUUGUAGAAGAAAUAGAGAAACAGAAGCACACACUGGUUAACCAUUUCAAUGCAGGAGUCACGCACAUGGCAAAGAAUAACGCAUGGGUCGACAUCCUAAAAAAAGUCAACGCUGUCACCACCUGCCCCCGAGAGCUGCCCGAGGUCAAAAAGAAGUGGUCCGACAUGAAGACGGAGGUGCGUCGGAAAGUCGCUCAGGCGCGCGCCGCUAUCGAGGGCACGGCCACCGACUGCACUCCAGUUCCCGUGAUCCUCACCGCCAUGCAGCAGAGGAUCUGCAACCUGCUGGGAGAGGCCACCAUCAUCAGCCUCCCCGCCGGAGACUCGGAUGCGGAGCUAACGCUCCCGGUGACGGUGAGCGCGGGCGCCACGGUCACGCUGGCGGAGGCUCUUCCAGCCGGUCCGGUCUGCGACGACUCAAAGACUCUGAAUGCUGAAACAACGUACCACAACAUCCCUCUGGAAGAUGGAAGUGUGGUGGAAUACUGUACCACCACUGUGAAUGACGCCACCCCCACUGUCAUGGCGACCGUUGAGACUCCAGUGGAGAUGCUCGCCUCCUCCUCGGCCUCUCCGCCUCCUCCUCCUCCGAGCCAGGCCAAACCUCAAGAACUGAAGAGCCGCAUUGCCCUGAACUCCGCCCGCCUGCUGCAGGAACAGAGAGUCACAAAUGUCCACGUCCGGCAAAUAGCUCAGCACCUGGAGGGCCAGAAUGAGCUGCUGCAGAUGAUGCGGCGCUCCCAGGAGGCCCAGGCGCUGGCUCAGGAGCGGCAGGCGCAGGCGCUGGAAGGCACUCAGGCCGCCAUGCUUGCAUUGGUACAGAUGCUCAGACCUGCGCUGAAAGACCUGCGCAAAUACCUGCAGAGUGGCUCUGAGGCGGCAAAUGUUUGCAGCUCAACAACCGGCGUGAAAGCUGAUGGAGAAGGAAGAGAGGAUCAAAGCAGGCCCAAAACUCCUCCUCCUCUGCAGCCGGCCGAGGAGACACAGUAGACCCUGUCUGGUUGUCUGAACUCAUGAAUACCUGAGAGACGCUUUACGACGUGGAGAUGAUGUGGAGAUGAUGGAGAUGAUGUGGAGAUGAUGUGGAGAUGACGUGGAGAUGAUGUGGAGACUUUUUGAUUCUGGUUAAAUCAACGGGAUUUUGUCAAUGAGCCUUCAGGCCUGUCCUGACUGUCAGCAGCAGUUUGAUCAUGAUCUUAGAGCAGCAGAAGUUACUGAUGCUGGUUAGUUUAUUAUUCUUUUGUGGUGAACCUUCUCCCUCAGUGUGAUACCUUAGCAUACAGAAAGAAGGCUGUGAGUUUCCUCAUUCUUUUUUAAAGCUGCUUUUAGCUUAAUGGUUGACUUGUGAAAAACAUGAGUUACAACCUUUAUUAAAAAGAAGUCAUUUUGA